GGCAUGCGAUCUAUCUAAGCACGCCAAAGACGUUUACAUCUCAACGUCACAUGGAUCAUGCAUUAUUGGUAGAUUCCUAUCUGGUGUUAAAACUCCAAUCGAACUAACAGCUUCACGGUUUGGUAUCUUGCAAUUCGCACCAGCUUCUGUACGACGCUGAGCAUUGGUAACAAGCUUGGUAACAUGGUGUAUAACCACGAAGACUUAAGAUUAACUCCAAAAAAUUCAAAUAGUGUGAUUUUCAGUGACGAGUUAUGUGUGCGUGUUGCCGUAGGUAUUAUUAAGAUAAGGUCUGGUAUAGAAAGAAUUGCUGAAAGAGCAGUUUAUUUUAAAAAUGAAAGCAGUUAAUGACGUUGAUGCAGUAAUAUCAACAUGUCCUCCCAAGAAUAAACUAUGAUAAUCAUACUUUCUGAAAUUUAAAAAAUAUUAUGUUAAUCAUAGUAAUUUAGUCGUCUACUUUACGGAAUAUAUUUUGCAGAACAAAUGUUAACUCGUUCUGCUUUUAAAAAGAAAAGAAACGAGCCACCACGUGCGGAGCGAACGAAAGGAACAACAAAGAAUAAAUAUAUAUAUAUAUAUAUACGUAGCUAGCUAGCUAUUAAUUCUACAAAAUAAAAGAAAUGGAAGAUACUGAAUCUCGACAAGAAAGUAGUAGUGAAUCUAACAAGUUGAGCAAUGAAACUUCGUCAAGUCACUUCACUGCAAAGAAAAAGAAGAUUCAAAAACUUACAUUUGGAAAACGCCUAAAGAAAUGUGAGGAAUGCAAUGCAAAAAAUGAGAUUGCAACUAAAAAAUGCAUUGAAUGUGGUAACAUAAUAAAAAAAAAACGAAAGGGUAUAGAACAUUAUAUUCCUGCUGGUAAGAGCAAUCCUACCUUGCAAAAGGAUAUUAUCCAUGGACGGUUGCUUGGUUUAAAUGAACAACAUGGCUAUCAUUCAGUCCUAUUUAUGAUUAAAAAAGGAACCAAGAACAUCACUUGUGAUUCAUAUGCAACUCCUGGCUUUGCCGAAGAAUUCCUGGGCCCCAGAGAAAAUAGAACGCCAAAUGGUAGCAUUAUAAUUAGGACCAUUAAAGAUUGCUUUCAAGAAACACAUGAUAUCAGCGCAACACGACAUGUGAACAAAGAUUCUGAAGUAGAUCAGAUAUCUGUACCAGAAAAUUUAGAAGAACAAAACAGAAAUAUGGAUGAGGAUGGUGCAAACGUACUUUUGGAGGAGCUGCCUAACCAAAACAAUGAAACCAAUGCCACACCUGAUGUUGUGGAAGAGAGCGUGUAUGGUGGAAACUUUGUGGAUGGUGUAUCAGUGUUACCAAAAUCAGAAAUAACUGUUGGGCAUAUAUUGUCUGUAUAUGCUCAACCUGAUGACAAUGAAACGUUUUGGCUUUUAAAAGUAGUGUCUUCAACUGGGCGUAAAAUUGAAGGCAUGUGGCUGAAUAAGCUAUCAGAAUGUAGAUAUGGUAUUGGUGACCCAUGUAAGGUUGUGUGGAACAACAUUGUGAGAAUUUCGAAGGAUGGUAAAACAUACUUCGUCCUUCAUGCUCUGAGUGAGGCUGGUGUGUUCCAUAUAUCAGGAGAAGCUGAGCAAUUACUCAUAUCUAAUUGUAACUAAUACAGUUUCUCUUUUUUGUCUCUGACAUAGAAUUGUAUACUUUUCUAUCUAUACAUAGAUCUGUAUACUUGUCUAGUUGUUUGCGAAUAUGCUUUGAGAAAUUUGUACAACACAUAUUGUUACAUUAUCUUACGUAAAUCCAA